CUACGGAAAAGUGAAAUAGAACCCAUGAAACUCGUUCGAAAAAUAAAAAACAAUCGCCACUUUCACUGUAAUACCUUAGAUGUUUCUGAAAUUGCGAUAUUGGGUUUUCAAAUUGCAGUCACAAGAACAAGAUCAAUAGUACGGCGGAAGACUUUAAUAAGGAAAGCUCGAUAUUGUUUAUUUUCUACGCAUUUAUAAUAAUUAAAUAAUUUUAUAUUUGCAAUAAUGUUUUCUUGGAGAAAAAUUUUAAAAAUUACUUUCCAAUCGCCUUUAAGACAUUUACAUACUUCCAAAGUUCUACAAGAAGCUAUAAUAAUAGAUGGUAAACAGAUAGCUACUGAAAUUCAAAAUGAAUUGAAAACAAGUCUGAGUACUUGGAUAAAUAAAAAAAAAAGGCCUAAAUUAGUAGCCAUAAUAGUUGGUGAUCAUCCAGCUAGUAAAACAUACGUAGCAAGAAAAAUGAAAGCUGCAAACUUUAUUGGCAUUGAAAAUUACACUAUUCACUUAGAAGAAAAUAUAAUGCAGCAAGAGCUUAUUCAAAAAAUUGAUAACUUAAAUAAAGAUCAAACUGUAGAUGGAAUUAUUGUACAGUUACCAUUAGCAAAGCAUAUAAAUGAACAGGAAGUAUGUCAAACAAUUGCACCAAACAAAGAUGUUGAUGGUUUCCAUUUAAAAAAUCUAGGUAGUCUAGCAUUAAAUAGCAGUGGUAUUGUUCCUGCAACUGCUUUGGCUGUGAAAGAAUUGAUAGUCAGAAGUAAUAUAGAAACAUUUGGAAGAAAUGCAGUGGUAGUAGGAAGAUCAAAACAUGUUGGUUUACCAAUUGCAUUGCUCUUACAUGCUGAUAGUAAAGAUGAAACAGGUGCAUUAGAUAUGACUACAACUAUAUGUCACCGUCAUACUCCACAUAUUGAAUUAGAAAAGUUUACAAAAUUGGCAGAUUUGAUAGUUGUAGCUGCUGGUAUUCCUGGUCUGAUUACUAAAGAAAUGGUCAAACCUGGAGCAUGUAUUAUUGAUGUUGGAAUAACAAGAGUUUUAAUAAACAAUAAGUACAAAUUAGUAGGAGAUGUGGAAUUUGAUAGUGUGAAGGAAAUUGCUGGAUAUAUAACUCCAGUACCAGGAGGUGUAGGCCCUAUGACUGUAGCAAUGUUAAUGAAAAAUACCAUUUUGGCAACUAAACAAAAUUAUGAACACUCAAAGUGUUCUAAUUUAAACAAAAUUGAAGUUCCUAUUUGUUGAUAAUAUAACUUACUAUACAUAUAUCAAUGUGAAUAAAGUAUUAUUUUUUAAUUUAAAAAACUGAUAUAUAAUAAUAUCAAAUAACUGUAUUAUCAGCUUUAAUAAACAGCUUUAAUUUAAA